CGCCCAGAUCCCUCGGUUGGGGUCCCGGGUUUGUGAGACUGCGAGGAACACGUUCUCUGUCCCACACGGCUGAGGCCUGCACAGGUGGGGGGCGCUGGUCUGCCAGAGGCGCUCUUGGCACCAGGGAGGGGCUUCCUGGACCUUAGAUCCCAGAUUUGAGGCCCCCAUCCCACUCGCUGUUUCUGUCCUUUGGGCCUGCUCCUCUCUCUGCCUCCUGUCUUGGGUUCUGGUUCUGCUCCAUCUCUGCCCUCAUUGCCACUCCCCUGUAGCUCCUGGCUGGGCACACACCCCUUCCCAUCCUCCGCAGUCGUUGGGGGAGCCAGAUACAGAUCUCCAGGCCAGGGGUGUGUGGAGAUGACAGCUGGGGGCUCAGAGUGGUCCCUCUUGCCCCAUAACUCUUCAGCCCUUUAGCUCUGACCUAGCUUCUUGGCUGGGGUCCUGGGGGGUGGGGGCGGGAGGCUCUGCUACUCACUUCAGCCUGGCCCUCAUGCCUGCCUGGCCAGGAGAGGGAGGUGCCCGCCUCCUCUCUCCCCAUCCCUGGCCCGCCAUCUUGAGACCUGUGGCACCUAGUGCCCCACCCGGCCCCAGCACCCAGGGGAGUGGUCUCCAAGGUGAUGAUGCACCCAGGGCCAGGUGCAUUCCUUUCUCUCCACCAAGCCCAGGAUGCUCAUGUUCGUGCUGAACCAGCAGGACAUGUGUCCCCAGGGGCUGGCCUUCCGCCACAAAGGCUCUUACAAUCCAUGAACUGCCUAGGAGCUGAGCUCCUGCCUUCCCUGUUCCGUGGGUCACCCUCAUUGCCUCAGGACCAGUACCUGGGACCCUAUUCUUUCCCCAUCGGAAAAAAUCCCCUGGCCUUCCCAGGUCCUGGAGCCCCCUCAACCUUCAGGGCACCCCCAUCCCAGCCCCCACCCCCUAGCCUUCAUCAGCAUGCAGGCUCAGGCUGCCCAAACACAAGGGGAUUGUUCUUCUUGCAUGCUCAGGGUGGGGGGCUGGGAGCAGGCAGCCCACACACCCUGGCAGGCCCAGGCCACAAGGAGGCUGGCUUGCCCCACCCUGUGUCCCCAGACGGGCUGUCCACCCUCCCUACUCCCAUCACUGCUGCCGCUCCAGCCUCCAUCACCAUUGCCCAGUGGCGCUGACAUCUUGAGGAAAGAGCUCUGAGCUGCACAGGUAGACCCCUGGGUUCUCCAGCUCUGCCAGUUGCCUCCCAUGUAGCCUUACAAACAUUUCCCUUCCUGUCUGGGCCUCGAGCCCCUCCUGUGAUUGGUGAGACCUUUCCAGCUGUGACAGGCUGAGCCCAACUCAACUCUGUGAAACGCACCCCACCCCCCAGCUCUUCUUCCAGUCCCGCUCUUCCAUGAGGAGACCCACUCUGCUCCCACCCUCUGAAAACCUAAAGCACAGCCCAAAUCCCCUACCCCAGCAGCAUAGCUAGGGAGCUCCUAGUCCUGGUAAAACGGCAGGAGUAGGGCUGGGGAUGCUGAGAAAGGAACCAGGAAUCCUGUCCAGGCAGGUCCUACCUCUGCCCAUGUGGCUGGCCCCUCAUGUCUGGGUCUUCUCACUCUACUCUCAUUACUCCUCUGGGACCCUCAGCCCCAUCUUUGGUUCCAAAUGUCCCCAGGCCCCAUGAACCUUAACUCUUCUCCCUGCACACUGACCCUGGUCUUGUCUCAAAUUUCCUCUUUCUGGAGCUCUGUGUAUAGUGGAAAGACAGGCUCAGAAAUGCCCAACGGGGACUUCUUUGAGUUGCAGCAACAUCUCUGAGGGGCACAGAGGCCUGAGUGAUCACAUCUGACUGGGAAGCCUGGGGAGGGCUUCACAGAGGAGGUGGCAUUUGAGAAGGAUUUUGACAGAGUGGGGAGGAUGGGCCUUUUGAGCUGAGGUAAGCCUGGACAAAGGCCCGAAGGGCUGGAGGUGCUAAGUGUGUUCCGCAGCCUGGCAUGUGUGAAGGAUGGGGUGGAGAUGAGACAAGAGAGACGGGCUGGAUCAUGAAGGUCCUUGAUGGCCUGUCCGUGGAGCUCAGGCUUUAUUCUUUGGGCACUGGGCAGCCGUGGGUGGCUGUUGAGCAGCAGAGUACAGUUUUCAGCACGGAGAAUGGAAGCUAGAGGCCUUUCUCAGUGUAGGUGAGAGAGUGAGGGGAUGGGUACCAUGAGGCUGUGGCCUUUCUCCUGGAGCCCAGCCUGGGCCCGGGCUUGACUUGGUUUCCCUUGGUUCCGAAUACUCCUGGGGGCUGCUUAAUGAUGGUGUAUGGAAGCUGUAGUAUUUCUGGCGCCUGCCAACUUGUCGGAGCUGCCUUUCCCUUCCUGGCACUUUGUCUAUAUGGCAGAUCUGAAUCAAGAAGCCAGAGGCUGGAACUUGUGGACCCCAGGAUGCUCACCUGAGGCUCCCCACUCCCCUCCUCCUCUCCCAACUAUAGAUGAUUGGCCAUGCCAGGAGACUGGGAGGCCAAGAGGCUGGGCACGUGUGUCCAAGGAUGCUGGGGCAGUUCUUAUGAAGGCCUGGCUAGUUAGGAGAGUGAGCAUCUCCAGAGAAGGGAUUGGGCAGAAGAGUUAGGAGCCCUGGAUGCAGACCUGCUCUGGCCCAGGGUCCACCCCCACCACACCCUGCCUCCCCGGAUGCUCCGAGCCAUUCCCCAGCAUCACUGGGUGUGGCUAGCAUGGCUGCUUUGGGAGUGGGAAUAAGAGAAGGGGGCUGCUAGGUGGGGAGCUGGGGGUGCUGAGAGGAUGUGGGGGGAUGUGAGAUGGAGAGUGAAGCCCAGGUGGGUCCACAGGCCCUAGCCGGUCCAGACAUGCUGGCCAGCAGAGUGGAGGGAAUCCCCCAAGGGGCGGGCCAGUCUACUUGAAUCGCCUGGCCCCAGGAGCCCUCCCCUCCCCCGGAUUGUUCUUGCUCCAGAACAAAGGCAGGGUGGACACUUGAUCCCUGCAUGUGGGGUGAGCUGGCUAAGCCCCCAGCCCUUUGAUUGGGCAGCUGUCAUGGGAGAGAGACAGCUGGGGGGGAGGGGCAGGAAGGGGGCAGCCACCAUCGCUUACACAGCUGUCACCCCCCCCGCCCCGUCCAGCCUGAGUGGCUGAAAGCCAGGGACAGAAGGAGUGGGCACUGGGGCUGGGGAGGGGGCCUGGGAGUCAGGAGGGAAUGCCCGAGGUCAGAGGCCUGGUGUGAGCUUGGUGUGUCCUGCCAGGGAGUCCUGCUGACCAGAGGGGGCUGGGCACCCUCGGAGGUGAGCUGGAGGUCACUGUGGCAUGUUGUGUGGCUGCCACGUGGGUGGCCCGGCAAAGACCCAGGGCCCACCCGACUGGAGCAGCAAAUGACUCCCUAGAGCCCCAGUGAGGGCAGGGGGAGCCAGUGAUGCCUAAUGGGGCUGCUUGUUCCUUGGGCCCUAGGAGAAUAAUUUGGAAGACAUGGGUCAGAACCCCUUGUUCUUGCCUAAAGAUGGGAAAGACCUUGAGAGUCUCUCAGAAUAGGAAGGGCGCAGAUAGACCAGCAACUCUCUCCCUAAACACAAUACAGGUGGGUUUAGGUCAGGUGAGGACCUGGCCAAAGUUACCCACUGGACUUGGGGCGGUGGGUCUCUGCUGGAGACCCAGGCAUCUUUUCAUGGCAGAAGCUCUAGUUCUGGCCGUGUUCCAGCCCUCCUGCCCCAUUUUUCCUGGAGCCACAAGAGGUCAUGUGGAGAUGGUUUGGGGACAAUGUCAGGUCUCCUACUGGUUACCAUCCCAAGGGGGUCUUUGAACCCCAGAAAAUUUUGGAACUUAAGACCAAGGCUCUGGACAAGUUGUCAGUCCUUUCCAAAUAGGAUCCCUGUCUACUAGCCAGGCAAAGGUCUCAGAGACGACUGAAGCACAAUCCCCACUUUCAAAGGAGCCCGCCCUCCAGGAAGAGGACUAACAGAUCCAGACAGGAGCAGCCUGAAAGGGGAGGCAGAUGGGGCUUUGGAUAGCUUCACACUAGCAAUGCUAGUCCCACCGUGUCCCACCUCUCUGUGACCUUGGGCAGGUUACUGAUCCUCUCCAGGCAUCAGGUUCUCCUGUGCAGUGAAUUCAUCUGCUCAGCUAACUAGUAUGUUAGCUGAGUUCCAGCUGAGCUCAGAAUGUUCUGAGCACCUUCUCUGGCCUGGCUCUGAACUGAGCCCUGGGGACAUAAGGAGAAGGCAGCAGCCUGGGCUCCUGCUCCAAGGGGCUCCUGGGCUUGGCUGUCCAGAGAGGCAGAAACCAAGCACGUCAUCACAAGUGUUUUGAUGGGGGAAGUGCAGGCAGCUGGGGGAAUGUCUAGCAAGGGCAGCCAGCAUGAGGCUGGCCAGGAUGCUCGGAGAGCACAGUCCCUGCAUCCACUGCUCAUCUCCACCCUCUGGAGUCCCUGUGGCAGAACUCAAAUAGAAGGAGAAGCAGCUGCGCCCAGGGGAGCAGGGUGUCACCUCCGUUGGAUAGAGCCGGCCAGGUUGCAGCGCAGACACACUCGCAGGUCACUGUGGCCCCAGCCUCGCCUGACAGAAUGAGCGGCUCGGAUGGGGGACUGGAGGAGGAGCCAGAGCUCAGCAUCACCCUCACAUUGCGGAUGCUGAUGCACGGGAAGGAAGUGGGCAGCAUCAUCGGGAAGAAGGGCGAGACUGUAAAGCGAAUCCGGGAGCAGAGCAGUGCCCGGAUCACCAUCUCCGAGGGCUCCUGCCCCGAACGCAUCACCACCAUCACCGGGUCUACAGCGGCUGUCUUCCAUGCAGUCUCCAUGAUUGCUUUCAAACUGGACGAGGACCUUUGUGCUGCUCCUGCAAAUGGUGGAAAUGUCUCCAGGCCUCCAGUGACCCUGCGCCUUGUCAUCCCUGCCAGUCAGUGUGGCUCACUGAUUGGGAAGGCUGGCACCAAGAUCAAGGAGAUCCGAGAGACUACGGGUGCCCAGGUACAGGUGGCAGGGGACCUGCUCCCCAACUCCACAGAGCGAGCUGUUACAGUGUCUGGGGUGCCUGAUGCCAUCAUCCUGUGUGUGCGCCAGAUCUGCGCUGUUAUCCUGGAGUCCCCACCCAAAGGAGCCACUAUCCCCUACCAUCCGAGCCUCUCCCUAGGUACUGUUCUUCUCUCUGCUAACCAGGGCUUCUCUGUCCAGGGUCAGUAUGGGGCUGUGACCCCAGCUGAGGUCACCAAGCUCCAGCAGCUCUCAAGCCAUGCGGUCCCCUUUGCCACACCCAGCGUGGUGCCAGGACUGGAUCCCGGCACACAGACCAGUUCACAGGAGUUCUUGGUUCCCAACGACUUGAUUGGCUGUGUGAUCGGGCGCCAAGGCAGCAAGAUCAGUGAGAUCCGGCAGAUGUCAGGGGCACAUAUCAAGAUCGGGAACCAAGCAGAGGGCGCUGGGGAGCGGCAUGUCACCAUCACUGGCUCUCCGGUCUCCAUCGCCCUGGCCCAGUACCUCAUCACUGCCUGUCUAGAGACGGCCAAGUCUACCUCUGGGGGGACGCCCGGCUCGGCCCCCGCAGACCUGCCUGCCCCCUUCUCGCCACCCCUGACGGCCCUGCCCACAGCUCCCCCUGGCCUUCUGGGCACACCCUAUGCCAUCUCCCUCUCCAACUUCAUCGGCCUCAAGCCCGUGCCCUUCUUGGCUCUACCACCUGCUUCCCCAGGGCCGCCGCCGGGCUUGGCGGCCUACACUGCCAAGAUGGCAGCGGCUAAUGGGAGCAAGAAGGCUGAGCGGCAGAAAUUCUCCCCCUACUGAGGCCAGCUGAGGUACAGGCAGGGGCAGGCAGGACCACCAGCAGGGGGCUGCCUCCGCACCCUACCCACCCAAGGAGACUCCACCCUGGGGUCCCAAACGCCGCUAACGCCCAGACGCAUGGAUGCACCCCCUACCCUGCCUCCGUCUAUGAGAGUUCCUUCUCUCAGAGUGGGGGCAGUUUCUGGCCCAGGGGUCUGAGCUGCGGCAGCCCCAGGGCAGGGGGCCCUACCUCCUCAGCUCUGUGCUUGGAUACAGGGAGCAGCCAGGAGACUCCCUAGUGCCCCACCAUGGCGGGUGUCACUCACGCACUCCCCAUCCCUUAGGGCUUCCUGGCCUCCUGCAUUCUUGUGGGAGUCAGGGAGGAGGGCCCGGGGGGUAGCUGGGGCCAGGCUUCUCUCCCCACCACCUGCAGAUUUCUUGCUGCUUCCACUGAUACCCUUUUGACUGGAAUGAACUGGCUGGGCUUGUCAGGGGGCACCCCAAAGAGGGGGCACUGCCAGGUAGCUGGGGGAGCGGCAUGGGGCAGGGGCCCAGUUCUCAGCAGCAGACACUCUGUACAGUUUUUUCAAUCCCUGUUUUUGAAUAAAUAUUCUCAGUGACCAGGAA